AUGCGCGCGACUCCCAUCAAGGCGGCCGUCAUAGCCGCGACUCUCGGUCUUUGCAGCGCCAGAGACCGCGUCGCCAAAUGUCUGGCGCGAUACAGUGGCAGUGGGCUUGACAGUGGCCGCAACGGCACAACCGUGUACAAGACUGACUUUGCCGGCGUCACUUGGGAUGACGAGAACUGGCUCCUCAGCACCACCACCCUUGAGCAAGGCCGUUAUCAGUCACGAGGCUCUGUUGCCAAUGGCUACUUUGGCAUCAGCGUUGCCAGCGUCGGCCCAUUCUUUGAGCUCGACUCCGAGGACGAGGGCGGCGACCUGAUCGACGGCUGGCCGCUCUUCUCCAGGCGUCAGUCCUUUGCCACCAUUGCUGGUUUCUGGAACGCCCAACCCGACACCAACGGCACCAACUUUGGCUGGCUGCUGCAGUACGGCUAUGAGAGCGUCAUAAGUGGCGUGCCUCACUGGAGCGGUCUGGUGCUCGACCUUGGCAACGGCGUCUACCUCGACUCCACGGUCGACAACAAGACCGUGGCCAACUUUCGCUCAACAUACGACUUCAAAGCCGGCGUCCUCAGCUGGUCGUACACGUGGUCCCCGUCUGCCGCCAACAAUGGCUCCUACGAUAUCCGGUACCUGAUGUUCACAAACAAGCUUCACAUCAACCAGGCGGUUGUGCAUCUGGAGAUUGUCCCGUCGGUGGACUCGAAUGCCACGGUUGUCAAUGUCCUUGAUGGCUAUUCCGCUGUUCGAACCGACUUUGUCAAGUCUGGCGAGGAUGCCGGCGCCAUCUACUCGGCUGUUCGGCCCACUGGCACCGCAAAUGUGACUGCGUACAUUUACGCCAACAUGACGGGCUCCGACGACGUUGACAUUGGCCACAAGACUCUUGUCAGCAACAAGCCAUAUAUCCGCAAGAACGAGUCUUCUAUUGCCCAGGCCGUCCCCGUCACAUUCUCCGCCGGCAAGGCUGUGAGAAUCACAAAAUGGGUCGGCGCGGCGUCCGGAGAUGCCUUUGACGACCCUCAGCAGGUUGCCAAGAAUGCCGCGUCGUCGGCCUUGUCCCAGGGCUUUUACAAGUCUCUACGUUCUCACGUUGAGGAGUGGAACGACGUGAUGCCCGACCACUCGGUCGACAGCUAUGCUGACCCCAGGAACGGAACCCUACCCCAAGACAGCUACAUUAUUGACUCGGCCAUCAUCGCGGUUGCCAACACGUACUACCUGCUGCAGAGUACAGUCGGACCAAACGCCCAAGACCUGGUCAAGGACGCCCCCGUCAAUGUGGACAGCAUCUCGGUUGGAGGCCUGGUCUCGGACUCGUACGCCGGUCUCAUCUUUUGGGAUGCCGAUCUGUUUAUGCAACCAGGGCUUGUGGUGUCGCACCCCAAGUCUGCCGAGCGGAUUACCAACUAUCGCGUCAACAAGUAUGCCCAAGCCAAAGCGAAUGCUCAGACGAGCUACACCAGCUCUCAGAACAAGACCGUCUUUUCCAAAGAUGCGGCCGUAUUCCCCUGGACGAGUGGUCGUUUUGGCAAUUGCACCGCCACCGGUCCCUGCUGGGACUACCAGUACCAUCUGAAUGGAGACAUUGGCAUAUCGUUUGUCAACCAACUCGUCGCGACGGGUGACACCCGUUACUUUCAAGAUUCCCUGUUUCCAGUGUAUGACUCCGUCGCGACGCUCUUUUCAAACCUCCUCGCACCCAAUGGCUCAUCUUGGACUGUUAAGAACAUGACGGACCCCGAUGAGUAUGCAAACCACGUCGACGCAGGUGGCUACACGAUGCCUCUGAUUGCCGAAACGCUGCAGACUGCCAACACGUUCCGGGAACAAUUUGGGCAGGAGAAGAACGCAACAUGGGAUUCCAUGGCCACCAACGUGCUCUUCCUCCGGGAGAACAAUGUCACGCUCGAGUUCACCACCAUGAACGGAAGUGCCGCGGUGAAGCAGGCGGAUGUCAUAUUGAACACGUUUCCGCUUUCCUACACAACAAACUACACCACCCAGGAGUCGCUCAAUGAUUUAGACUACUACGCAAACAAACAAUCGCCAGAUGGCCCCGCCAUGACGUGGGCAUUCUUUUCCAUCAUUGCAAACGACGUCUCGCCCUCUGGCUGUUCAGCAUACACCUACUCGCAGUAUUCGUACAAGCCGUAUGCACGCGCACCCUUCUACCAACUGUCAGAGCAACUGAUUGACAAUGCCACCACCAACGGCGGCACCCAUCCCGCGUACCCCUUCCUCACCGGCCACGGCGGUGCAAAUCAGGUCGGAGUGUUUGGGUAUCUGGGGCUGCGGCUGCUCCCCGACGAUGUCCUUCACAUCAACCCCAAUCUGCCGCCACAGAUCUCGCACCUCAGCUACCGAACCUUUUACUGGCGCGGCUGGCCAUUCACCGCCUCAUCCAACGCGACACACACGACGGUGCGGCGGGCCAGUCACGUCCAGCCGCUGGCUUCGGCGGACCAGCGCUUCGCCAACAAGACCAUCACGAUUGACGUGGGCGCCGAGGGCAACGCAACCGCAUACCACUUAUCCGUGAAUGGCACGGCCGUCGUGCCCAACCGCGACAUUGGCCGCAUCAACACCACUCCCGGCAACCUCCUCCAGUGCAAAUCCGCCGAAUCGCCCGGCAGAUACAGGCCCGGCCAGUUCCCCAUCGGAGCCGUCGACGGCGCCACGUCCACGAAAUGGCAGCCGUGGUACGCCGCCAACCUCAGUUCCGUCACCGUGAUGCUCGCGCAGGAAGAGGUUGGCACCAUGGUCUCAAGCCUCCACUUCAACUGGGCCCAGGCGCCGCCGGUAAAUGCCACCGUCGUCUUCCACAACUCCACCAUCGCCAGCUUUGCCGAGGUGGACGUGGCAUCGUCCGCCGAGACUGCCAACUAUACAGUCGUGUCGCACUUGGCGGGUAUCGAGCUGUCCAACCCGUACAGUGCCCAAACUACCAAUCUGGAUGCCAUUGCCAUUCCGUUGGGCAACACGACCAACAUCACACUUGGCGAGCCCGUGCCCGCAGCCCGGUACGCGACGCUGCUGAUUACCGGGAACCAAGGUCUCGGCCAAAGAGACAUUGACGCUAAAAAUGGCACGGGGGCCACGGUGGCCGAGUGGGCCAUUAUCAGCGAUGCGAGGAAGGAGACGGACGGAGAGUCUGCGCCGGCGAAACUGAGGCGGAGUUUGACUUGGCGCGAGAAGGGGAUGCUCAAGGGUAGAGCGUUUUAG